AUGGAUGGUGAACAAGGGGGCAGGAGUGACAAGCCAGGAGGCUCUCCUCACCUCAGAUUCCUUUCAAAUCCUUUGAUGGGGGAUGUCGUGUCUGAUUGGUCACCUCUGCACGAUGCUGCCAUCCAUGGCCACCUGCUGACCCUGAGGAACCUUAUCAGCCAGGGCUGGCCCGUGAACAUCAUCACAGCCGAUCACGUGUCUCCACUCCAUGAAGCAUGCCUGAGAGGUCAUCUGUCUUGUGCCAGUGUUUUAAUAAGUCAUGGAGCUCAGGUGAACUGCAUGGCUAUAGAUUGGCGAACUCCCUUGUUUAAUGCCUGCGUCAGUGGCAGCCAGGACUGCGUGAAUUUGCUUCUAAAGCAUGGAGCCACUCCCCAUCCUGAGAGUGAUCUGGCCUCUCCCAUCCACGAGGCUGCAAAGAGAGGCCAUGUAAAAUGCAUCGAGUCCCUUGCAGCUUUUGGGGCCAAUAUUGAAUAUAACAUCAGCCACCUGGGCACUCCUCUCUAUGUGGCUUGUAAAAAUCAGCAGGUAGAGUGUGCCAAGAAGCUUCUGGAGUCAGGAGCAUCUGUGGAUCAAGGCAAAGGCUUGAAUUCGCCUCUUCAUGUCGCGGCCAGGAUGUCAAACGGGGAGCUGGUGCACCUGCUGAUGGACUUCGGAGCAAAUGCUCAAGCUAAGAAUGCUGAAGGAAAGAGGCCCAUGGAUUUGGUGCCUCUGGGGAGUCCUCUGACUGAGAUCUUCUUGGAGAGAGAAGGACCCCUGUCUUUGAUGCAGUUAUGCCGCCUGAGAAUCCGGAAAUGCUUCGGCAUUCGGCAGCAUCAUAAGAUUACUGAACUCUUCCUCCCGGAAGACCUGAAGCGCUUCCUUUUACACCUUUAA